AUGUCUCUUAAUAAAUUAGUAGGUGGUGAUUGUGGAGGAAACAAUUCUUUAGUCCAAUUGUCUAAUAUUGUAAGUCGCGAUGCAAGCCAUUCCAUGUCACAAGCUGAUCGAUUUGUCAAUGAGUUUAUGGCCAAAAACUCUGAAAUACCUCAAACAUUCAAUAUGACUGCAUUACUAAAUAACAUCCAUGAUGUUGAAAAGGUAAAUAAAGCCUCCUCUGUACCAAAAGUUAACCAAUUAUCUUCAAAUGUAAACUUCUCAUGGCUACCUGGACCAUCAGCAGUGAUUCCCGGUCCUAGAAUGAUGAGAACAAUGCCUAUGCACCAUAACUCAUUACAACUGCCUCAAAGAAACACUAAUAUGCAGAUACAAUACAUAAAUGAAUCAGAACUUAAAAAUACUGAUGUACAAAGUAAAGCCCAAGAGUAUGUAGAUAGUGUCAAUGAGGAUAGUGAAUUAGCAUAUAACCAGUUUAUGUCUUUCAUGAAACGUAUGAGUGCUGGUGAACUAAAUCUUGGUGAAAAUCAUUCUGAACAAAGUGAUUUAAGAAAAGAUACUUUUGUUGAAGAAAUGGCUGAAAAAUAUAAAGAUGAAUGGGAAAAACUUAGUGAUGUUAAUGAUUAUUGGGAAUCUGAAAUUGCAUAUGGUAUACCAGCAGAGUACAUGUUUACAGAAGGAAAUGCUAUGUUAGAGAAUAAAAAUGCCUUGGAGUUGGGAAAAGAAAGAUUAAAAAUGGGUGAUGUACCUGGAGCAGUAUUAUGUUUUGAGGCUGCAGCCCAGCAACAGCCAGAUUCUGCAGAAGCAUGGUUUCUACUAGGCACUACUCAAGCUGAAAAUGAACAGGAUCCGUUAGCAAUUACUGCUCUUAAGAAAUCCCUCAGUAUUGAUCCCCGUCAAUUAGAAGCUUACAUUACUCUUGCUGCAGCAUACACCAAUGAAAAUAUGCCUAAAUUUGCAUAUUUAGAAUUAUCUAAAUGGUUAAGAGGUAGUCCUAAAUAUAGUGAUUUGUGUCCACAAGAUGUUAAACCAGAGGAAAUGAAUUUGAAGCAAUUGGAAGCCUAUAUAAUGUCCCAAUACUUGAAAGCAGCCCAAUUAAACCCUACACAAAUUGAUCCUGAUGUUCAAAGUGCUAUGGGAGUAAUAUUUAAUGCCAACCAACAAUAUGAUAAAGCUGUAGACUGUUUUAAAACUGCUAUAAUGGUUACACCAGACAACGCUAAACUGUGGAACAGACUGGGAGCUACUCUUGCUAACAGUGACAGAUCAGAAGAAGCAGUUGAUGCCUAUCAACAAGCUUUAAAUUUAGAGCCAGGUUUUAUUAGGGCAAGGUAUAAUGUAGGCAUCACUUGCAUGAAUUUGAAGGCUCACAGAGAAGCAGCUGAACAUUUUUUAGUAGCACUCAACCAACAAUAUAAAGCCAGGGAUAUAUAUCCUAGUCAUUCUUCAGUUGACAACAGUUCUUCUGCAAUUUGGACAACCCUUAGAAUGGUUUGCUCUUACAUGGGUGAACAUGAUGCUGCUAAGUUAGUUGAUGAAAAGAACUUGACUGAACUGAAUAAGUUUUUCAAAAUUGAUGUAUAG